AUGGCCGCGUCCUGCUGGGCAGCUCUUUGCCGAGGGGUUUCCGUUGCCCUGAAGGCUUCCAGAGCGUUAGUAACUUCUCAGGCCCGUUCUAGUGCAGGUUGCAGAUGUUCAAUUGAUGUGUUCUCAAAGACGACACCCAAUGUCCCAUCUUUUCACCAGUGCAGAUUACUGCACACCACUCUGGCAAGAAAAGGAUUAGAAGAAUUUUUUGAUGACCCAAAGAAUUGGGGGCAAGAAAAUGUAAAAUCUGGUGCUUCGUGGACAUGUCAACAGUUACGGAAUAAAAGUAAUGAAGAUUUGCAUAAGCUUUGGUAUGUCCUGUUGAAAGAGAGGAACAUGCUGCUCACUCUAGAACAGGAGGCCAAGCGGCAGAGGCUACCGAUGCCCAGUCCGGAGAGGUUAGACAAGGUGGUAGAUUCCAUGGAUGCAUUAGAUAAAGUCGUCCAGGAACGAGAAGAUGCACUACGACUUCUUCAAACUGGUCAAAAAUAUGGUAGACCUGGUGCUUGGAGAAGAGACCUCUUUGGAAGAAUCAUUUGGCACAAGUUUAAGCAGUGGCCUCUACCUUGGUACCUCAAUAAACGAUACAACAGGAAACGGUUCUUCGCAAUGCCAUAUGUGGACCGUUUUAACAGGCUGAGACUUGAGAAGUAUGCCCGCAGUCAAGCCAGGAAGAAAAGCUUAAUGAAAAAGAAAGAAAAAUCUCUUCAGGAAAGGUUUCCACAUCUUUCUGAAGCCCAGAAGUCAAGCACUGCCGGAGAUCUGUGAAGACUUCCCAUUUUGUUUUUCAUGAGUAAUGUUUGCUGGAGAGCCUUCACGGACAGCUUCCUGAGGUUAUAAAACGCAUGAACUAGGUUAAUAAAAUCCACAGCAUGGGGGUGAGAGGCUGGAGAACUAUUCUACAAGAAAAUCCAACCAUUACUUACUUUUGAUGCAAUCAUAUAUGGAGGGAUCAAUUCUAUAUUCAUUUCUUGGAAGAGUUCUCUGCAUUGCAUAGUGAUAAAGUCUCCAGCAAGAGGGGAUUUCACAAUGCCUAUGACACAGAUUAAAUAGGGGUAAGGAACAUUAAGUUCAGAAUCCUUGGGAUAAAUUUCCUGUGUGAUGCUGAUAGGUCAUUUUUUCCCCAAGUAUAAUUAACGAAGCUAUCCCUUAAAGCAUGAAGUUAUACUUCUCAGCACAAAUCAGUUUUAGAUACACAUUAUAUACUGAAGUAUUUUAAAAUAUUUUUUAAAAAGCCAUUUGGCAAUAGCUAAUCUUCAGAAGUCCAACCCAGUGCUUUACGGCACGACGUCACCAUGACAUCCAGAGUGGUGUCAGCAUGCCUGCCUAAGUGAGUACGUUUACCUUGCUGAAGGACGUAGCCGUCGUGGACUGGAAUUGCAGUUGUAUGAGUGGCCCCACUGUCCAAAAUCAGCCCAGUUGAACGACCAUUAGCAAAUCUAGUAUAAAGUAUUAAGGAAAAGGUUCCUAAAAUAUUAUACGUCUUGUAAAGGACAGGCUCUUACCACAAUUACAAGUCAUUCUAAAACUGUGCUUUAUAAUUUAGAAUGUAGUAAGGUAAAUUUAGAAGGGACAAUUGGUAUGCAAUAGUAAUUCAGGUUUGAAAAUGAAUCACAAGAGGCAGAACUGCCAGCAAGAUAGCAAGUUGCUUAGGAAAACCUUUCAAGGAGACAUCGAGUUAGCUGGCCCAAACUAGCACAACCCUUCCGUUUCUGGAAAUUGCUCAAAGGACUUACAACAAAUGGAGAAGCAUAUAUUUGACAAAAAUCUAUGGAAACUAAUAGUGGGAGGCCACGGUGCAUGUUCUGGAACUACAACUCUUCCCUCACCACUCUCACAGCAGCAAAGUGUUAUCAAUUGUUUGACAGCCAAGAGGUAGCCCCCAUCUCUCAACUCAAUGAAGUAAAAAUGUUAUUCUAGGUGGGCUGAACCCUGAAUAUGGAAGACUUUAUCCAUUUUGUGUGCACACGUAUCAUUAGCAAUAUGUAUUGCAGUGUAUAUUUAUGUUAGCAUUCUCAUGCCAGCCCCCAAAGACAAAUAAAGAUGAUUUAUAAGGAUGCUGAUAAUAAAAAGCAUAAAUAAAAAUAAAAAAACAUGUACUUGACUUAUGACAGAGAACAACUUAUGGCCGUCAUUGGAAUGAAAUCCCACUGUAAAUUGAGGACUACACUUUGCUAUUUAUUCUUUGAGGUCAGUACACAGUAUUUCCUUGUCUGUCCCUUGGUAAGCUUGCAGGAAAGAUCUAGUGAUUAAAUCUUUAAUGAAUUUGCUGUCAAUUUUCAAUAGUAUUGGAGGGUAUGAGAUAAUGACAAUCUGAACUCAUUUUUAGCCAAUCAGUUUAAAGACUACCCUUUUUUCAUUCUUCAAUAACACCAAACUUUGAAAAGAGGAGCUUUUCACCAAGGGCUAAGUAGAAAAAAUAUUUUGGAAAUGUUGAUGGAAAUGUAUGUACAAGUGUG